AUGCGUUGCGCAGUCUUCAGGGCGAUGUUCCUGGGCAAUUGGAAAGAGAGCAACGAAAGUGAGCAAAUCAUCGAGCAUCACAGCUACGAUGCGUUUUUCGCCUUUUUGAAAUACUUCUACACCAACGAAGUUGAUUUGCAGUCAGAUUUGGCUCUGGAGCUAUUCGCAUUGGCCCACUUCUAUCAAAUGACUGAUCUGCAAAAGGAGUGCCUGAAAAUUAUCAAAAGAGGCGUGACCGUGGAAAACGCUGCAUCGAUUUACGAUAAAGCAGUUCUACUUGCUGCCGAGGAACUCAAGGAGCUCGUUUUGAAGUUCUGCAUGGAGCAUCUGGCUGGUAUUGUGAACAGUGAUGGCUUCAAGCUCUGGAAUGGUGAUGUUGCGAAAGAUUUCGUCCUUCAUGCUGCGCAACAAGGAGCGUUUAAAAAAUGA